AUGAUGGAUACCAUUCAACUGCAUUGUCCAGGUCAAGUUUUGCCAAAGGCGAACACUGCGACGCUGCACGACCGCAUGCAGCGCUUCUUCGUGUGUGGUGCGCGGGGUUCCGCUGAGCUUAUGGGGGGAGACUCAUUGACUGCUGGAUUGCGCCGUAUACCGUUGCAGGUCGUUGUCACAUGCACCGAUUCUUUGCCAGCCAACGUGGCCGCAAAUGCUCUCGAGCAGCACCAGCUUCUGGCGUCCCGAGCACGUGAUGGACCAGAUGCCCCAGUUGUGGGCCACAUCUAUUCAUACUGUGCCCAUCAUCAGAGCUGUCUUGCAUCAAAGCCCAUCGUCCUGUCCGUGCCUGGAGUUGCGACAGGCGGGGGUGAAAUCUUGAAGUGUUCAUUCACCCUCCCUCCCCUGCUCCCCCCUCGCGUGUUGGGACCUCUGCCUCCUCCCCUGCACUAUCACUUUCUUUCUCCCGCCUCGUUCGUGCUUUGUCUGUUGUGUUGCCGUAUACGUAGAUUUCCCAGGCAUGGUUCGCUUGGCAAAUGCGGCAAAGAGCAGCCUUUACAAUCGGAAAUUGCAGCAGUGUGUGGAUUCGUUGGUUGCCAACAUGCAAAUUAUUUCAGUGGCUGA